GCCGGAAAAGAAAAGGCAAGCCGCAUCGUCGUCGGCAAUGGCAACGCACGCAAACCCCUCCUCUAUAAAACUACACGACGACCACCACCACCACCUCGUCGCCACGCCAAAUAUCACAACACGUUUCGGAGGAAGAAGGCGGCAUCGGAGGCAAGAUUUCACCGCCGCCGGUCGCGGCUCGUCGGGGUUCCAUGGCGCGGCGGGGCACGGAGGCGUUCCCGGACCUGGGGGCGCACUGCGACAGGGAGGACUGCAACCGGCUCGACUUCCUCCCCUUCGCCUGCGAUGGCUGCGGCGGGACGUUCUGCGCGGAGCACCGGACGUACGGGGACCACGGCUGCGCGCGCGCGGCGGACCGGGGCCGCACCGUCGUCGUCUGCGAGGCGUGCGGCGACGCCAUCGAGCGGCGGCCCGGGGACGUGGGCGGGGAGGACGACGCCGCCGUGCUGGAGGCGCACGCGCGGUCGCGGCGCUGCGACCCGGCGAGGAAGCGCAAGCCCCGCUGCCCCGUGCCGCGGUGCAGGGAGACGCUCACCUUCUCCAACACCAGCGGGUGCAAGGGGUGCGGCCGGAAGGUGUGCCUCAAGCACCGGUUCCCCGCCGACCACGGGUGCGCCGGCGCGUCGUCGCUGGCCGGCGCCGCCGCCGCCGAGAGGAAGGCCACGCAGUGCGGGCGCGAUGCCCAGAAGAAGGAGACCGGCGGCUGGAAGCUUCCGCAAUCCGUCAGGAACUUGAAGAUUUUCUGACCUGUCACGCAACCACGCCACGGUUUCCUACGUGGGAGGACAAGCAAACAAAGUGUAAAAAAAAAAAAAGACACAGCAUUAUGAGCUGACAUUUAAUUUAUCCAACGCAUUGUCUUAUUUGAUGUAAUUAUUAAUUGGUGAUGAAGUAUUUUUUUUUCCGAAUGAA